AUGGAUCUAAAGGAUCGCUUGCUUCGUCUUUCAAAAGGCACUUCCACCAUAUCUAAAUUUUUGCUUGAAGCUCGAUCUAUUGCAGAUGCGCUGGCAGCAACUGAUAAUCCGGUGGCCAAUGAAGAUUUGAUUCUUGCUGUUCUUCGCGGCCUAGGCGAUGAAUAUAAAGAUUUUGCGACAUCAGUUCCUCUACGCACUGAUUCUGUUACGUUUCUUGAUCUUUCUGGUCUCUUACUCAGCCAAGAGUUCUACCUUUCUAGCACAGCCGCGAUUGCUACUGCACCUAUUUUGACUGCUAAUGCUGCUGCUACUGGUUCUGAUCGAUCUCGGUCUCAUUAUCGUGGCAACCGUCGCUCUCAAUAUUACUCUUCUCAAGGCCGUAGGCAAUUUUCUGAUGGGAGAUCUGCUGGUUUUGAUCAGAAUCAUUCUCAAAGUUCUUUGAAUUAUCGUGGUCAUUACAAUAAUUCUGAUCGAUCACGCCGCUCUGGUCAACAGCGUUAUUAUACUUCAUCUCAGCCUUCUUCUCCAACUCAGAAUUCAUACCAGCCUGCAGGGGAUUCCCCUUCUUUCAUGAACACACCAUGA